AUGUCUUCGGAUACGAAACCCGAUAUCUUCACCUAUGCCACCUUUGACCUUCAAGCUCUGUGCCAUCGAGCGAGCACGCUGCGCCACGGCGUUCCAUGUGUUUGUGAUCCAGAUCAACGUCCGGCUUCUGGCAGCUUCAACUGGGCCGUUUUCAUUCGAUUUGAAGACGGGACCCGCUGGGUAUUCCGGGCCCCACAUCCGCGGACAUUCAUGCCGAUAGAGAUGGGGCAAAAGCUACUCGCAAGCGAAGCUGCCACUCUGCGAUACCUCAAGUCUCAUAGCGACAUUCCCGUUCCCGAGGUAUACGACUAUUGUGCUUCUUCCGACAAUGAAAUCGGGGUUCCGUUCAUCUUCAUGAGCGUAGCGCCCGGCCGGCCCCUGUCCAAGACGUGGAGACCAGCCACUUCUCCGCAACCAAGCCUUGAGACUCCCGCCAAAGCCAAGGUUCUCUCUCAGCUGGGUGGCAUUACCUGGAAGCUAUCGCAGUUGCGGUUCGACAAAAUCGGCUCUCUCUUCGAAGCCGACGCGGCAUUUGAGAUCAAGGAAUGUCUCUCCCGCGGCCACAUGUUACAUCAACGAUACUGCUUGGACAUUCCACGGGGGCCUUUCGCGUCCGAGGUAGAUUUCCAUGACAGUCUGGUCUCUGCAUUCACCGAGCAGGCCGAGAUUCUGCAGCUAUCCCAUCAUUGCUUUGUGGCACCCGUUCCCUCACGGGAAGACUACGAAUCCAGCAUCAAGUUUCAGGGGGCCGUGGACCUAUGGAACGACUUUGUGACCGUGGGCCGCAAGACCGACUCGUCGGACAACCGACUAGACUACAUCAUCGCGGGUGAUGCUCUCCGAGACAUCCUGCGCAAAUGUCCCCUCCCGGCCGUCAACUCAGACACGUUUCCAUUGUGUCACCCCGAUCUGAGCGUCAACAACAUUUACGUUGAUGAUGAGUACAACAUCACCUGUGUCAUCGACUGGGCCUUCGCGUCCUCCAUCCCCGAAUCCAUGCUACUAACUGUCCCGGGGCUGCCACAGUACCGUGACGAAAUUCCGCCCGAGUUACAUAAAUCCUUCAUCGACGGGUUCCUCGCGGCGAUGCCUGGGUCGAUGGAAGACCGCUCCACCCGGAGAUAUCGUGACGCACUCGAGCGGAGUCAAAUCUCCUGGAACGUGAGUCGGCUGCUCAAUCUGGACUCAAUCGCUGAUUAUUCGCUCUUCGCUAGGGUCUGGCGCGCUGCCCAUGGUCCGCAUGAGGGCAUCGGCCCAUACUUCUCACAAAAGCGGCGCUCCCCUCACUACAUCCGGCUUUACAAGGAAGUUCAACAGGAGGACCAGCCACUUGCGAAGAUUGAGAGGGAUGAAAACGACUACUUCCAAAACCAGGAACUCAGGAAGACAAUAGCCAAGAAACUGACGUUGAUGUCGGGAUGGAAAGCACAAUAUACCGCCGACGCACCACAGCGACUGCGGACAGACAUGUUUGUCGCUUCGCCCAGCUUAUGGAGGUGGAUCCAGGAAUGUAUGGAGGGCUGGAAAGAGAUGCCUUGA